AUGCCGAGUCCGACUUCGAAGGCGACAUCGACGAUGCCAGACGCAUCGCUGUCAACGGGCGAGUUCACCAUCUUCCAGCGCGUGCUCGACAUCCCGCUCGUCGCUGCAGCACUCGACGAAAGGCUUCUCGCCACGCUGAUCGCACCAGUCGAUGACUUGGCCAACACGAUCUUCAACCUGGCCGAGACGCGUUCUCCGCACCUCUUCUACGCUCCGCCAGAUGACUCGUUAGCGCGGCUCACAAAACACGCAACUUCCUUUGAUGACGCACGAACGAUGGUGGACAAGGGUAUCAAAGGCCCCGCCCUGCAUGUUGCGGAAGGGGUCGAUGAGCGCCUUGCACCUCUCGUGGACUACUAUGAGAACCAAAUCGAGCCUUUAAGCCACAAGUCUGCCGGAUCGACGCGCGCGAAGGAACACAUCGAAGGCGAUGAAAUGCAGCACCAAUACCAGCGCGCAAUCAACCUUGCGAACGCUCUCACCAAGCGCGUCACAUCCGUUCCCUCCAGUCCAUUGCAGCAGACGACUUUCCCCUCCCAACGCUCCGUCAUCCAAGUCCAAGACCUGUCCGAUACCAUGCUCGAGCAGCUUCACGCCCUCUCAAUAACGUUCCCCUGCCUUGCGACGUCCCUGCACCGCUCGGUCUCCGCUCCACAGAAGCAACUCAUGAUCACCCUCGUCGAAGCCGCCAAUGCAUUGUCUGCCAUCAUCGCCAACCUACAGGCUACUCUGGCGAGCAAGGAUUUGACUACCGGCGAGCACAUUGACCGAGCCGCGGACUUUACGACGGCGCGCAUCACUUCUCCGCUCGAGCGAAUGAGGGCAGGCAUGACUUCGGCACGCACCUCGAGGAGGGCGAAUGGCCUCAAGAAACAUGUCAUGGUUCUUUGUCUCUCCGUUCGCGCGCUGGCCCUAUCCGCGUACCAACUCUUCGCCGGUGAGUGCUCUUUCCUUCAGGUCUACCUAUGUUCGCGAGGGCAUCGGAGGCACGGUCGUCCCCUGAGGCCAGUGCUAUGUUGUAUCGGGUGCUCCUUGACUCAGGGGACUGCUAAUGUAGAGAUUGUCGAGCCGUGCGCGAUAUGCACUGGCAUUGGAGGCCAGCACACCCGCAUGAUUGAAUGGGAUCCCAAGCACCCGCGAACGCUGUCGCCCACCUGA